AUGGCUUCCAGUAGUUCUUUACUUACUACCAGUACUACUGCUUUGUUUUCAUUUCUGGUUCUUUACCUUGCUGUUUCUUUUAGCAACAUAGCAGCCAAACACCGUCAUUCCCCCAUUACCAACCACCACACGCACCACCAACAAAAAGAAGCAUCAAACCCUCGACUCCAACAAGCUUAUCUUGCACUUCAAGCAUGGAAAAAAGUUAUUUACUCUGACCCCUUUAAUACCACUUUAGAUUGGACCGGUCCUUCGGUCUGUAACUACACAGGAGUAUAUUGUGCUCCAUUUCCAAAUGACACCAAUAUAGAAACAGUUGCAGGUAUUGAUUUGAACCAUGCAGACAUUGCCGGGUUCCUCCCUGAUGAACUUGGUCUAUUAUCCGAUCUUGCACUUCUGCAUCUAAACAGCAACCGCUUCUGCGGUAUCCUCCCACUCACUCUAUCAAAUCUCACUUUACUCUUUGAGCUUGAUCUCAGCAAUAACCGAUUUGUUGGUCCUUUCCCUUUUGUUGUCAUGUCACUCCCUAGCCUCAAAUUUCUCGACCUUCGUUACAAUGAAUUCGAAGGACCAUUACCUUCUGAACUGUUUAGUUUAAACCUUGAUGCCAUCUUCAUCAACAACAACCGUUUGACAUCUGUGAUCCCUUCGAACUUGGGCUCAAGUACUGCUUCUGUGGUGGUUUUUGCGAACAACAAUUUAGGGGGGUGUCUACCACCAAGCAUAGCCAAUUUCGCAAACACCAUGGAGGAAUUGCUGUUGAUCAAUACGAAUGUAUCUGGGUGUUUGCCUCCUGAAGUCGGGUAUCUUUAUAAGUUAAGGGUAUUGGAUGUGAGCUCUAACAAGUUAGUAGGCGAGAUACCUUAUAGCAUUGCAGGAUUAGCUCAUCUGGAGCAGCUAAAUUUAGGCCAUAAUAUGAUGAGUGGUGUUGUGCCAUUGGGUGUUUGUGAAUUGCCUAAUUUGGCAAACUUUACGUUUUCUUAUAACUAUUUCUUUGAGGAAGAGGGUAUUUGUGGGAAUUUGACGUCGAAGGGAAUUGUGUCUGAUGACCGAAGAAACUGUUUGCCGGACAAGCCUCUUCAAAGGAGCAAGAAGGAAUGUGAUGCGGUCCUUCAACACCCUGUUGAUUGCUUUGAGCAUCCUUGUGGUGACAAACAUGCUGAAACCCGUCUAAAAAAGCAUCAUACGUGAUGCAUUAUAUACAUAGAUUACUUGUAAGGUCCGAUCUGUUGAUGUUCUUAAUCUUCUUAUCUCCUUUCUAAUUAUAGAAUGAAGUUAUGUUACUAGUGAACAGGCCAGUAGUUUGUAUAAGUCAUGCUUGUAGUUGUGCAUCAUGUAUACUAUCAACUGUUGUAAAAUAAGAUAUGAUAAAAG